UCUCCCGUUUUGGCCGGGAAACUACCGUAUUUUACCCCUCUUUCCCGCCGUCCUCCCGUAUUACUAUUUUCCCGUAAUUCUCCCGUAUUAAGAAAAAAACAUUCCUCUGCCUCUGCUCCCGUCACUAGCCUCGCGAGAACUGCCACAUGCAGUCGCCUGGGUGGCAGUUGUCGCGAGGUUAGUGACGACAGCGGGUCGAGCGGGAACAACAAACCCGGGACAACAGAGGAGAGAGAUGAAUGAGAUGAUGGAUGAAAGUGAGGAGAGAGAAGGCAUUCCUGCCAAAAAAACAAAGAAGUCAUGUAAAUAUCUAGAAAAAUGGGACAGCGAAUUUACAUUCCUAAAGAGGAGCAGGAUGGGGCACAGCCACGCGUUCUGCAAGAUUUGUAAUUGCGACUUCAGUGUCUCCCACGGGGGAAGGAACGACGUAAGUCAGCACGAGAAAUCAACCAAGCACAACCGCUGGCUAGAGGCACAGAAACAUUCCCAGGCGAUGUCAACAUUUGUGACUAGGAAUACCACCGAGGCAGACCAGGUCAUAAAUGCGGAGGUUAAAAUGGCAAUGUUGUGUGCCAAAAACAACGUUGCUUUCAGCUUCUGUGACGACUUCAACAAGUGCGUAGCUGAAAUGUUCCCGGACUCGGCUAUCGCUCGAAAAUACUCAGCGGGAAAAACCAAGGCUACACAACUCAUCAAAGGUGCCAUAGCAGCAGAGCUAGAUGACGAGUUGGCCAAAACAUGCCGAUCUCAACCCUUUUCCCUGAUGUGCGACGAAUCGAAUAACAGAAAAUCAGACAAAGAAUUCGUCAUCCUGGCUAGACUCUACGAUGAGGCCACCCUGCAGGUCACUACAAAAUUCAUGGAGAUGCCUAUAUGCAACGUGGGAAAUGCAGAAAAUCUGUAUGAAAAGUUGAGUGAAGCAUUAAGAAAAAGAGGCAUCCCAUGGGAGAACCUGAUAGCCUUUAAUUCUGAUAAUGCGAGUGUCAUGAAAGGCAGACACAACUCGGUUAUCAGUAGACUGAAGACCAGCCAGCCCCACGUCCAGGACCUUGGCUGCAUCUGCCACCUAGUACAGCUGGCCACUGGCUGUGGCAUCAGAGCAGCCCAGGUACCAGUGGAAGACAUCCUGGUGGGGAUAUACACCCACUUUGAUAAAAGUGCAAAAAGAUGUGAAAUCUACAAAGAUUUUGUAGAUUUCACUGAUUCAGACCACCUGAAGCUCCUCAGGUACUGCAGCACCAGAUGGCUGAGUCUGUUAACCUGUAUCCAGAGAGUGUUGAACCAGUGGGAUGCACUUAAGGCCUACUUUACCAGUCAUGAGGAGGUGGAGAAGAGUGCCAAAGUGCGUAAUCUGGCAAACCAUCUGCGUGAUCCAAUCGUGAAGACCUACUUCAAGUUCCUGAGUGCUGCCCUGAAGCCUUUAUCUGAAUUCAAUAUUGCCUUCCAGUCAGAGGGAGUACAAAUUCACAGACUUGAAGAGGAGAUGUGCAGACUGAUCAGGAGGAUCCUGGGCUACCUCAUACCAGCCAAGGCCAUGGUGGGUGUACCUCUCAGGGAGGUGGAGUAUGGAGAAGGACAUCAGUUGGCUGAUGAAGAACUCUUUAUCGGAGCAGACACAAAGGCAUUCAUGAGAAGCGAAGAGCUCCCUGUGUCAGCCAAGAAGAAAAUCUUUCAAUCUGUGAGAAGAUUCUAUGAAGCAGUGCUUCAGAAGAUGUUCUCCUCCUUUCCCCUCGACCAUCCACUCCUGAGGGACCUGAAAGUGCUGGACCCUGCUGCUCGCCUCGACAUUACUCCAGGAACAGUGGAAAGGCUAAGGGCCCUCUUCCCUCAGUUGAACUUGAGUGAGGAUAGGCUGAGAGAGGAACUAAUUGACUACCAGGUGACAGAUAGCAAGCAACUGCCCCAUGAAGACAGAAUUGACAGAUUUUGGGGCCUGGUAGGGAAAGAUGUGAGGUUCAGUGAGCUGCCAAGACUGAUGAAAGCUUUACUAUGCAUUCCCCACAGCAAUGCCAGUUCUGAAAGGGUGUUUAGUAUGGUGAGAAAGAUUGUUACGGAAAAUAGGAUGUCAUUAGACAACAGCACUGUUUGUGCUUUACUGUCAUGUAAAAUAAACCACUCCGGCCCAGCCCACAAAUACACUCCUUCCAAAAAAGUGUUAAAGGAUGCAAAGUCUGCAACAAAUCUGUACAAUAUGUCAUUAGUGAAUGCCAGAGAGCUACUUGAGUAAACAUAAUGAAAUGUAGGAAAUGUAAAUGAAUGAAAAUAAAAUGUAGCCUACAUGUUAAGCUUAAAGACAAGCAAUGUGAAAUAAGCAGUAAAUAUGUAAUGUGUUGACUUGUGAAUGAACUGAAAAUAUGUAAAAUAAAUAAAUGUGCUUCAUAUA